AUGGCAACCUGGGCUCAUCCAAGCCCCCAACUGACAAAGCUGGAUGCCUUCAGAAGACAUGUCAACCUGAAGUACGAUCUGGCCCUCGCCGACUACGAGCAACUGCACACGUGGUCGGUGGGCAAGACCGAGUUAUUCUACCGGGAGAUCUGGGACUUCUGUGGCGUCGUGUACUCAGCGCCUCCCAGUCGAGUUGUCAGUGACGGCUCCAGCAUGUGGCCGCGACCAGAAUGGUACCCCGGAGCCCGGCUGAACUUCACCGAGAACGUGCUCGCCGUGGGCCUGGCAACGCAUCCCGACAAGAUCGCUGUGUCGGCGUGUCGCGAGGCGGGCACGCAGUGGAAGCAUCUGACGUGGAAGCAGCUGGAGCGUGAGGUAGCUCGGUACGCGAGCGCACUGAAGAUCGCCCACGUCAAGGCGAUGGAUCGUGUAGCAGCCGUCAUGACAAACUCUCUAGAGGCGGUGCUAAUUCUGCUCGCCUGUGCCAGCAUCGGCGCCAUCUUCUCUUCCACUUCGCCCGAGAUGGGGGCGAAUGGGAUUAUCGAGAGGUAUCUCCAGUCUCAGCCAAAGGUCCUGUUCCUCGAGUCUCGUGUCCUCUACGGAGGCAAGUGGCGAGACCUCAGCCAGAAGCUGGCAACUGUCGUUAAAAAACUAAAGGAUCAAGUUACUGGGCUCCAGCAGGUCGUCGUCAGCGGCCCAACUUGGGAAGAUGACACUGUAAUCUCCCUCAACAAGUUCCUUGACGUCCGACUAGAGCCCCUGCAGUUCCUGCAGGUCCCGUUUGACCAUCCCGUCUACAUCUUGUAUUCAUCCGGGACCACUGGCCAGCCAAAGUGUAUCUGUCACUCCGGAGGUGGUGCGCUUCUCAAGCAUAAGAUGGAUAUGGCGUUGGCGAUGGACCUUGGCAUCGACUCGAUCUACUAUCAGUACACAAGUACUGGAUGGAUGAUGUGGAAUGUGCUUGUGGGAGCCCUCAGCGUUGGUUGUAAGAUCAUUCUUUACGACGGGAGCCCGCUCCAUCCGAGACCGUCUUAUCAACUGAGAUUUCUCGAAGAACAAGGCGUCACGCAUUGGGGCACGAGUCCAAAAUUCCUCGGGAUGCUCAUGCGAGACCUCAGCGGUCCGUUACCGUCGCUGGCAGCCUUGCAGACAGUGCUCAUAUCUGGCUCGGCGCUCUCCCAGGAACUCUGUGACUGGUUCUACACAGUCUUUCCGAAAGAAGUCGGUCUCCAUAAUGGCUCGGGAGGGACGGACAUGCUUGGAGGCAUUAUUGGCGGCAAUAAUCUAAUACAGAUACAUGCUAACGAACUUGCGGCUGCCGCUCUGGGCAUGAAGGUAGAGAUCUGGGACGAGAACGGCAACAAUAUCGAUGGCUCCGGGCAGAAAGGGGAGUUGGUCAUCACGAAACCGUUCCCGAGCAUGCCGGUGACGUUCUGGGGGGAAGGAGGAGACGAAAAGUACCGAAAUGCCUACUUUGAUACCUUUCCUGACGUCUGGUGCCAUGGAGACUUUGUCAGCAGGGAUAUCAAGACCAAGGGCUACCUGGUCCAUGGUCGCAGCGACGGUGUCCUCAACCCUGGUGGAGUUCGAUUUGGCACUGCCGAAAUAUACGACGUGGUCAGCAGAUUCACCGAGGUGGACGACAGUAUCGCGGUAGGCCAGCGGCGACCCCAGGACCAAGAGGAGCAAGUUCUGCUAUUCGUCAAGACUAGGAACGGCGCAACUUUCGACGAGGCGCUGGAGUCAAAGAUCCGCGAUGCCAUAAAGACGUUGCUGAGCCCGAGGCAUGUCCCAGCGCAUAUCCUUCACGUCAGGGACAUUCCGUACACCAUGAGCGGUAAGAAGGUCGAGAAGGCCGUGAAGAGCGUCGUGACAGGGGAGAGAGUGCAGAACGCUGGCGCGAUAAGCAACGCGGAGUGUUUAAAGGAAUACGAGAAGUAUGCCGGCCUGCCAGCUACAACAUGGGUCGCAAAGCUAUAG